AUGGUCCAGCCGCCAGCCAUUAUUGCCUCCACCGGCAGUUAUUACAAUAGUUACAAUACUUCCUACACCACUAGUCAAUACUUGUCACUCAGCCCUCCACCCCACUAUCUCCUGCUCAGCGCCCUCCACCCCACUAUCUCCUACUCAGCCCCCUCCACCCCACUAUCUCCUGCUCAGCCCCCUCACUCCACCCUACUAUCUCCUGCUCAGCCCCCUCCACCCCACUAUCUCCUGCUCAGCCCCCUCCACCCCACUAUCUCCUGCUCAGCCCCCUCCACCCCACUAUCUCCUGCUCAGCCCCCUCCACCCUACUAUCUCCUGCUCAUCCCCCUCCACCCUACUAUCUCCAUAGUGGGGUGGACUUCACCCUCACUAACUUCAGCCCCCACCUCUCACUUACUGAAACAUGAGCACGAUGUUUUCCCCGACUAA